AUGAUGACUUGUCCAUCAAGUAUGUGCGAAGACGUGCUUUUGGAUAUCAUCUCUCAUUGUCCCGCCAAGGAGAUUUCGAAACUCCGUCUAUUAAGCGAAGGCUGCAACAAACGAACUUAUGAGUUCUCCUUCAUCAACCAACAUCUUCAUAGAACCAACUCUGUUUUAGGCUAUUUUAUUCAAUACCACAAAAGGUGUCCCCCGAGUUUUGUCUCGAGUGUUGAAGAAGAAGAAUCUCCUGAAAACAUCGGAAUCUCGCUCGAGUUUUUUCCUUCCAAGAAUGUGAAGAUCGAAGCUUGUGACACACACCAUGGGAUUUUGCUCUGUGUCGAUGAUACAUUUAAAGGAAGAAGAAGAACACCAGAUUACAUCGUUUGUAAACCGGCGACGAAACAGUACCGGAUUAUUCCAAACCCGAAAACCAGGUACUUCACUGUUGCAAUCGGUCUGAUGGUUAUUCAGUCGAACCCGUUUCGGUAUAAGAUUGUUAGGGUUUCAGAACCAAUGCCUUGGGAAAGAAGGAAGACGAAGGAUGGUUUUUGUAACCUCAACUGCGAGGUCUUUGAUUCUGAUUCAUUCACGUGGAAACGGCUGAAUGAUUUGGAAUUACCAGGAGACGAGGUUUUCAUUAGAUCAGGUCAGCCUGUAUCAGCAUACGGAUACUUGCAUUGGUUAACAUGGAAAAACAAUGUGGUUCGGUUCUGUAUGCGAACCGAAACUUGGUCUUUCAUCCCUGUUCCAGAAGAUAUAGGAGGCGAUGGUUCUCUAGACUUGAUCAGCUACGAAGGAAAGCUAGGUGUGAUUUGCUCGAAUUCGAGACAAGGAUAUGGUUUAUGGGUUUUGGAUAGCAGUUUAGGAUCAUCGUGGGUAAAUAGGAAGGAUAUAGAAAUGACGGGGCUAGAAGACAAAUAUGCAAAACCACUAUGGUUUCCAAGUAACGAUGUCGUAUCAGUGGAGAGCCUUUGUCGGCUUAGCCUCUACAACAUGAACAGCAACAAGUCUCGGUAUUUGCAUAUGAAGACUAAAGAUCGCUUACCUUACUAUUUGCCCAGAAACGUUUGUUUUCCUUUUUAUUCCAACUAUGAGAGAGUUUGUCUGAAUGAAGAUCGUGUUGUAAGAUCCAACGACUGA